UAUGGUCGAUACAUCGAUGUUUUGAAAACCUCUAUCACCUAGCUGCUGCUUUGGUCACCCAACUUCACACACGUCUUAUUAUGUGCUCUUAUUACUUCCUAGAAGUCACUUUAAAUGUUCUCGACCGUAAAGGAGACAUCGUAGACGUGAAUGAAGGAAAAUUUUCAUUUUACAUCAAGGAAGCGUUAAAAGAAGUUUUUGGACAGUUUGGAUCAAGUGUCAACUUUGAUGUACUAAGUUUUAAAGCUGGAAAAGGCAUAAUUCGGUGUCCAUCUACUUUUUACGUUAAAUUUCGAGGAGCGCUUACUUUGUUUGGACGUCACAACUCAAAUACUGUUGCGUUCAACGUACAUCGUGGUUCGUCCUGUUUAAUAUCAUUCAUCACAGAAGACAGCACUUAUAAACAUGUCACAAAUAAUUAAAGAUGGUAAAGACACUAUCAUAUUCGCCACAAAAGAAGAUCAUCAGUCACCUAGUAAAGUCAUAUUAUCACCUCCAGAACCCUCGCCUGGUCUCAUAUUUCCGGAUGGUUCCAUCAACUGGAAUUGUCCAUGUUUGGGAGGAAUGGCGACUGGGCCUUGUGGGGUUGAAUUUAGAGAAUCAUUUACAUGUUUUCAUUAUAGUAAAGAAGAACCUAAAGGUAUGGAAUGUAGGGAAAAGUUCACAGCUAUGUGGGCUUGCAUGGACCAAUAUCCAGAAAUUUAUACUGAAGGUUUAAAAGAUGAUGAAGAAUUUUUAAAUUCAGAAGAACAGGCUGAUGAAACCAUCAAAAAUAAAGAAACAAAUUCGUAAAAUUUGUUGUUAAACUGUGCUAUUUUAGAAUUUUUUUUUUCGUUUUAAAUAGAUGUUUUAGGUAUUAAAUUAAUA